AUAACGAUGACAAGAAUACUAUCGCUAAUAUAACUAAUAUGAAUAUGAUGGAUAUUAAGAAUGAUAAGAUUAGAACGAAUGAAUCAACAACAAUAGCAACAUUUGUUUUACAUCCAAAUGUUAUUCAGGCUAUAAAAGAUAAAUCUCCAGAUGAUGAACAUUUCGAUAGUGUUAGACAUUUUUAUUUUGGUGAAAAACAACCUG